AUGGAUGGUGACAAUUUUGGCGCAGCGCACAGGGAAAAGAGCGGCGGCAUACAAGUGGCCAGGCCCUUUCGGCACUACAAGCCGUACCAAAACAGGAAGGCCUUAGGGGACAAAACAGUGGACGAGACAUGCGGACUUGACAUGUCCAUGCAGGGACUCAAGCUUAUAUCACCGAAAAUAAUGAGCUGGGAGGCACUGAGUACUUUAUCUCUUUCGUACAAUAGCAUAUCCGAGAUACCUUCAGAGAUAUCCAGGCUGACUGGCCUGAGUGUUCUAGACCUGUCCCAUAACCGCAUUAAGCGAGUGCCCAGGGAGCUGGGGAAACUAUUUAAUCUAAAGGAGCUCAGGCUAGGAAGCAACCUUUUGUCGUCAAUUCCCUUGGAGUUCGGGAUGCUGUACCAGAUGGAGAAGCUGGACCUAGAUGACAACCCGCUAAUUGGGCAGAUCCAAAUUGUGUAUAACACGUCAGGCGGGUGCGGAGUAAUUAGAUACUGCAGAGACAAUGUGGCAAUGAACUUCCCGUACUGGGAGAGAGAGUGGAUAUUCGCCCCCCAGGAAGAAAGCACUGAGUACACAGAGACACUCACAGUGGCAACAUAUAAUAUUCUCUGCCCGACAUAUGCGAACAGUCAGAGCUUUUCGUACGUGCCUGCCUGGGCACUGCAGUGGGAGACAAGAAAGGCAACAAUUCUGCAGGAGGCCACGCUGUAUGGAGCAGACAUUCUGUGCAUCCAGGAAAUGGACACAGGCAGCUACUCAGACUACUUCAGGGAGCAGUUUAAAAUAAGAGGCGACUAUGACUCGGUGUUCUACCAGAAGUCACGGGCUCGGACCAUGGUAGAGGGAGAGAAGCGCCUGGUGGAUGGGUGCGCCAUUUUCUGGAAGGGCUCUUUCUUUCAGAUGAUAGAGCAGAGGUGCAUCUAUUUGUCGCAGCUGUUCCCGCAGAAGGUCAUUUCAGAGCAGGAGCACAUUGCAAACCGCUUUUUAAGCCGGGACAACAUAGGGCUAGCCAUUGUGCUUGAGAGAGAGGGAGGGCGGCAUACAGUUGUAGUGAACACGCACAUGCACUGGGAUCCAGAGUACCCUGAUGUAAAGACUCUCCAGGGCAUCAUGCUGCUUCGGGAGGUUGAUGCAAUUAUGCAGAGAUACCCGAAUGCAGAACUGGUUAUUUGUGGAGACUUCAACUCUCUCCCAAACUCAUCACUCUAUGAAAUGUACGCAAACGGCACACUUAAGCCCAAUGCCAAGGACCUGCUGGGACUCUCAUACGAGCCGUAUAGCAGCAAGGGAUACACGCAUAAUCUUUCGCUCUCAGAGAGCUACUCUUUUGUGAAUAUGGGAUUUACUAACUAUACGCCUGGGUUUGCUGGAGUGAUUGAUUAUAUCUGGUAUAACGAUAGACUAAAGCCUGCCUGCUCGCUUGGUCCGGUUGAUGAGGAAUAUGUAUCUAAAAUAGUGGGGUUCCCUACGCACCAUUAUCCGUCAGACCAUCUUAUACUUGUUACACAGUUUAAGUGCAAAGGACAGCAAUGGAAAGGAAAUAUGAAUAAAUAA